GCUUCUCGGGAAAACGAAAGUUAAGGAAGUGCCGAGAGUAACAGUAAGGUGAUGAUGGGCUUGCAUUUUAUGCACUUGAUGUCUGAGGUGAUGAAGAGGGCAGCUGGGGUGCAUGUGACAGUGUGCGUAAAAGCCUUGAUGGUGGAACAGUGGGCGCAUAGUAUUUACUUUUAUGUUGAUUGAUGGUUGCACAGGGAGUCUGCGGGACUAGGUUGAAGCUACAGCAAUGCUGUAAUGAUCAGAUGAGCAACCAGUCAAGGAAGUUUAAGUCAGACUGAGUGUGUGACUUCUGCAACAAUGUCUACAAUGCAGCUUAAAGAUGCUCAGCUGCAGGAGUUCAUGCAGGUGUAUGCGCUGAGAACUGCCUGCAAUGAAUGCACUCACAAACACUCUUACAUUUCCUACUCCGUCCUCUCAGUGCCUCACCAGUGCUCUCAAAAUCUAAUGCUGGUCAAAGCGAAGGCCAAAGGUCACCGAUGGAGCCCUGUAUCCUGUCGGCCCUCUUACCCACGACCUAGACGAUAUGAAGUAUGUUGGUUUUUUAAAGAGGAAGUAGGGUGUACUGUUCACCGUGACCAAUGCACUUUUGCCAAAAGUACAGAGGAAGCGGCGGUUUGGAACCUGGAGAAACAAACAAAUCUCGACCACAAAAGGUUGAUUCAUUUGAUCAAUCAGAAGGAGAAGGUGAACGAACACAGCAGGCGAGAGGAUGUUAAGUCGAGCUCUCGAAGUCUCUCUUUGUACCAGGAGAAACUGCUGGAGGAGUUCAGACGCAGCAGCAAUGAAAUCCUUAUUAUCUCCGAGCAGGUGGAUGAUGUGUGCAUUACACACGAUCAGAGUCUGACUGUGGACUGUUUACAAACAGACGGUGAAAUAACAUGGAGAUUCAAAAUAACCACUGAGAGGUCUUUGGUGCAUGUGGCUCUGUUGAAAGCUGAAAGUGGUGCUGUUUUUUCCUUGGGUGAUAAUUUGAACACUUUCCCCCCUAUAACACACACUCCAGGCCACCACCUCCGCUCCUCGCACUCCACAUAUGAGCUGAGCGUUUGCUUUCUGUCUUUCCGCCCCGGUGUGUACGAACAAUGGCUGGUGUUCGACUUCGACAUGCGACCGGUUCUGCUCAGGAAAAUUAAGGUGAGAGUCGGCGAGCAGUUUCAUGCCCAGCAGGAUGAAGAAGAGAACGAAUGUGCUGAAAAUGUUUCGAAUGAACGCUGGGACAGGGGCAACAGGGUCAUCGUGCCCUUCUACACCACCAGUAGGGGGGUAGACGAGCUGCUGCUUAGUAAAUACAAACCACCCCAGAUGAAUCUACAUUUCAGCUCCUAUACAGAUCACAGUUUACCACUUCGCCAGGACAACUACAAAGAGAGAGCUCACGACUUCCUGUUCAGAGAGGAAACUGCUGAGGAGAAGCUCAUUAGCAGAUUAAAUGUCUGCGGAAGUGCGUCCCUCUCAGAGCUGAAUGUGUCACAGUUUUUCGCUCCAAGGAGGCUGUGUGCUACACUCAAGGUCUCUUGUACACUUACCCCAGACACCCCUGAAGGGCUGAUGCUAAAACGAGGGGUGGAGAUGGCUUUGGUGAACUCCACAGCAACAUACACUGGUGCACCGGCAAAACACGCAAACAGAGUCUAUGAGGCAUUGGUGCUCAAACCUGCUGUCAAUGAGGGUCACAUCAGCCUCGAGUUGUCAGCAAAAUGCGUGUCCGAGCUACAGCUGAAGAAAGAUAGCAGGUGUGAAAUGGAGGUUCAGUUUCAGCUGAACAGGUUGUGGUUCUGUCAGAUGCACCAGGCUAUUGACCACCUACCAGACUUGCACAAUGUUCUGCCUGACUUCGAUAACUGUUGUGUCCCUGUGAAUACCACCAGACAGUCUGAGAUGAACAACAAGCAGCAAAUUGCCUUGAAUUUCUUCCUUGGCAAGUGUGAAGGCAGCAAAGCUGCAGCACCCUUGCUGAUAUAUGGUCCAUUUGGCACUGGGAAGACCCACUGCCUCGCGUCAGCAGCCAUACAGCUGGCCCGUCAGCCCAAAACCAAAGUGCUCAUCUGCACAUAUACUAACAGCUCUGCAGAUCUAUAUGUCAGCGUGCACUUCCAUUCAUAUAUUACAAAUGGACAUCCAAACCUCAAAAUACUCAGGAUAAAGGCAAACAGAGGUGGUGCUUCUUUUAUGGCAACCGAUGGAAUCACUCGUAAAUAUUGUCUCUGCUCUCCAGAUGGACAGUCUUUUAUCUUCCCAACAAGAUCCGAUCUAGAGUCACAUCGGAUCAUCAUAACUACCACAGCAAUGGCGCGCCGCUUCCUUGACCUCAAACUUCCUGAAGGCUUCUUCAGUCACAUCCUGAUAGACGAAGCAUCUCAGAUGCUGGAGAGUGAAGCACUCAUGGCUCUUGGUUUAGCAGACAAGCACACUCGAGUGGUUUUAGCUGGAGACCACAUGCAGAUGGCUCCGAAACUUUUUUCCGUAUCUAACACCAAACAUUCGGAACACACAUUGCUCAAUCGCCUCUUCCAUUACUACCAAGAUCACAGCAGCAACAUUGGCAAGAAAAGUCGGAUUAUCUUUAAUGAAAACUACCGAUCCACUGCGGAAAUUGUGGACUUUGUAUCCACUCACUUCUAUGUACGUGAUGGCAUCAAGGCCAAAGGAGAUGUCCCACGUCAUCCCAAGCUAUACCCUCUGAUGUUCCAUCAUGUCAGAGGGGAGUGUCAUUUGAACUCCUCCUCUAUGUCCUGGUACAACAGUGCUGAGGUCAAGAGCGUCAUUAAUGUGAUCCAAGACCUUAUGACUGACUGGCCAGAGGAAUGGGGUAAAAGAGAACCAAUGCAGAUCUGUGUGUUAAGUGAAGGCCAGCAGGUUGAAGCUAUCAGAAGCAGUCUCCGUUGGAAAGGAAUUCAUGGAAUAUCAGUGCAGAAUUUAUUAAACAUCCAAGGGAAGCAGUACAGAGUCAUCAUCAUAACAACUGUUCACACCAGAGACAGACUUCUUCAAUCAGAGUCGAGCUGUCUUGAUUUUUUUGAUGAUAUCAAGGCACUAAACACUGCCAUAACCAGAGCCCAGUCAUUGGUGGUUGUUGUUGGAGAUGCCGGUGCUCUUUGCUGCUUUGGAAAGUGCUCAAGGAUCUGGAAGUCCUACAUAGAACACUGCAUCAGCAAGGGCAGUGCCAAGCCAGACUACUUGACCAGAGACGUCUUACAACAUGAAGUGUCAGAAAUUUUUAAAUUUCAAAAGACAGAAAGAGUAGCAAAGAUUGAGGAUGAUGUACCUACCCAGCCUGAAACUGAUCUUAUAUUGAAAGAGAUGAUUGAUGACUAUGAUAGAGAGACAGACUCAGAUGAAGACAACGGAGGUCAUCCUGAGCAAAAAAGGCUUUUAUUCUCCUCCAGUGAAAAGGAAGACCUGUUGACGCUGGUUAGGGAACGGCCUGCUAUCUACAGACAUGGAGAACUGAUAAUGGAGGGGUACCAUUCAGGUUAUGUAGUUCCAUACGACAACCCUACUGAACACAUUGUUAUUAAAGGGAGAAAGAACAUUGGCAUGUCUUUUCCAGGGGAUGAAGUUGUAGUGGAGAUAGGCCGCCAUGAAGAGGGUAAUCUUACUGGAAAGGUUUUAGGAGUCACAAAUAGUGCAAGUUCCUCUUCUAAAUUUGUGUGCACCUUAGAGAAUGAAAACUACCAAAAACGGACACAGAAAACUGACAAAAACUUUCUUACCAAGAUAAUGAUACCCCUAAGCAACAACACAACAAAAAUAUGUGUCUUGGUAAGCAAAAAGGCUCGCAACUUUAUCCCAAUAUGGAAACUUCACAAGGACAAGCGGAACAUUACAAGCUACUUUUAUCUGGAUGAACACACAAGAAAGGAAAAUGUUUUUGUUGUUCAGAUUUUUACCUGGAAAGCCCACUGUUCUUUCCCACUAGGCAGUGUUACAGAUGUCCUAAAAAUUGGGACAACAUUGGAGGAGGGACUAAAGAUUUUAAGUAUGGAGUUCCAAUUGACACCCUCUCCUCUGAUGCAAGAUGCUGCAUUGCUUGCCAGACAAAGCGAUGAAACUGAUUACAGCAAGAGAACAGAUUUGACGGGUAUAAUAACGUUCACUGUUGAUCCAAAAGGAGCCAGAGACUUGGAUGAUGCCAUAAGUGUUAAGAAUCUGGGAAGCUGCUAUGAAAUAGGGGUUCAUGUUGCAGAUGUUGCUAGUUUUGUGACUGAGGGCAGUCCUCUUGAUAGCGCUGCAAAAGAGAGGGGAGCAACUUUUUACAGCCCUGGAACAAAACCUGUUUUCAUGUUUCCAGAAGGUCUCAUCACUAACUCAUUCAGUCUCCUCCCAGACAAAAAGCGCAAAGUAAUAUCAUUCAUUGUCACAGUGGACAAAGAGUCAGGAUUUAUCAGAGAAAAGACUUUUAAUCUUUCCGUGGUAACGUCUAAAAAACAGUUGACCUAUGAGGAGGCUGAGGAAAUAAUAAGUCAGUAUGAUGGGAGGCUAAAGUUUGAAACUUUAGAGGACUGUGUCAGAGUGGCUUAUCAUUUUGCAAGAAAACAACGCAAAGAAAGACUUAAAGAAAGCUGGGCCUAUGCCCGACCUGAUCAACAUCGUAAUCCAGGAGAGAGAGAAGCUCAUCUAAUGAUUGAAGAGUUGAACAUAAUGUUUAACCACGCCAUGGCAGACUUUCUGACCAAGAAUGCAACCACAAAAUCUUACACUCCUUUAAAGUGUCAGCUUCCUCCUACAGCAGAGCAACUGGAGAAAAUCAAUGAUCGGCAUAAAGAGGUCAUUCCUCUCUCCUCAUAUCUGACAUAUCACAUUGACAAAAACCGCAUGGACUUGCGUAACACAUUCACCUUCACUGUGCAUUCUCCUGAUCCUAACCCUCAUCUACGAGAUGCCAUCUCUGUCAGUGACUCUGAAUUUCAUUAUGAAAUUGGAUUUCACAAAGCAGAAUCAAACACGUGGAGUUUAACACCAGGAAAAAAUUGUCGAGCCAUUUCUCUAAUUCUGAAAGUGGAAAAAAUGACCAAAAAAAUUGUAGAGCAAAAAUUGGCACUUUCUUUUGUAAACUCAAACAGGCUGUUAUCCAUUACAGAAGCUAACAGCAUCAUCAAUCAGUUUGCAGAACAUGACAGGAGCUUUGAUUCUUUGGAAGGAUGUGUCCUUGUGGCUUACCAUUUCGCACUUGAUCACAGGCGCCGAAGAAAUGUGGACAAUUCCAAUCCUCCAGACAGCAAAUGCAGACUAAUGAUGGAUGAAGUGAAUCUGAUGUUUAAAAGUGCUUGUGAACAACUAACUGGUCAAAUAACGCCUUCUUCAAACAUUUUUAACUGUACAGUGACAGCUUCACCUGAACUGGAACGAAGAAUAAAAAGAGAUGAUGAGGAGUUUCUGCACGCACUUGAGGAACAUCUAGACUUGAACCAUGAGCCGAAUGGGUGUAAUUUCAUCAUUCUGACAUCGAUGUGGGAAAAGAUUGAGUCAGCAGCUUUGACAUGUGACUUUUACAAAAUGGCUGACCUUAUUUCCGCAGAUGAUAUCCAUCCACAGCUGCUUCCAGCCGUUGUUCAGUUAAGGGCCAGUCUUGACAAAGCUUUGUUCAUUCGCUCCCUCUCCUGUGAAAAGGCUUUAGUUGGGCACUAUUCGUUACACCUGGACUCAUACACGCAUGCAUCCUCACCCAUACGCCGAUACAUAGACCUAAUUCUUCAGAGACUCAUCCAUGCGGCUCUCACUGAUGGUCCACUUGAGUAUUCAGAGAAAGACAUUGACCUAUUGUGUCAUAAGUGUGAAAGAGGAGAGAAUAGGGCGAAACAGUUUGAAAGAAAAGCAGAAUCACUUUGCCUUGCUGUAAAUCUACAGAAGCAAAGCACAUACAAGUUGGCUUUUGUCACGGUUGUUCGGCCUGAUAGCGAAAGUUUCAAAUUAUCAUUUCCGUUCGACAAAGGAACUUACCCAGACAGACUUCCGGUUAUGUACAGAGACUUACAGCUAGAAGAUCAACCAAUAUUUGAAAGGCAACAAAAACAAAUGAGACUGACUUGGAAAAAACGCAUGUACUCAAUGAACACAACCAAUAUCCUAAAGAGAAAACUGAGAUUCUGUUCAGAGAUACAGCAGAGCACAUGGCAUGACAUUGUUGAAGCAGUCAAAGAAGAAAAAUGGGAAGAAGCAAAGAGCAUCAUAUUGGCAGCAGAAGUAACAGAAUAUCAGGAAAGAGAUGAUAUGUCUGAUAAUUCCAGCUUGGAUUCCGAUCACACAUUUACGUCUGAAGAGGAUCAUUAUACUAAUUUCAACCUCUGUUUGAAAGCUGGAGACACUGUGCAGGUCCAGCUGACCUCAGAAAAUGAAAGAGGCUACUGGGCGCCAGCUGUACAAUUACUAAAUGUGAGGUCAAACUUUGAGAUUUGUGUGGAACAUACUCGCAGUCCUAUUAAAUGCUUUUCCAAACAUGCAAACCGCCCAUCCAAACCUUCCUAUCAUAAUGUAAAAGAUUAUGUGGAGAUAUGGAAGCCACUGUGUGAAAUGGAGUCAGCUGCGACUGCCGUAGAUGACAGCGAUUGUGUUGUAAUAGAGAAAAUGCAUAUAGACUGGACGCAAUCCAUGGUUGGUGCAAAUUCAAGUCUAUCUGGAACCUUCUCUUUACCUGUGGAAAAUAUCAAGAAAUGGGAAAUUGAAUUUGACCUGGCCAAGUGUUUCCUCUGUAUCCGAAAAAGAGUUUCGAAGCCAAACUCACCAGAUCAGAGUCACCGAUCACAGCUUGAUCCAGAGUACUUCACUUGGGUGGCACAUGGUGUGACAACUCAAUGUCUGAAUACACCCCAUACACCGAAUACAGGGAACAAAUCAAAAAUUAUACACUUUAAUGUAAAGUAUGCAUCCAUGAAACUUCCAAAAGACAAAAGGGAUGAUACUUAUACGGUUGAAGUGAUCCCUAAGCUCCUUCCAGACAUACGAAAAGAAAGCGCUGUGAAUAAUUUACCAGCAGCUAAUGAACUUGUUAGAAACAUUGCAACAGGACGUCGAAUUAGGAAAGAUGGUUCUGAACCAGCUGUAUACCGGUAUGUGCUCAGAAGACAGACAACACCAGAAGGUCUGCCUGAACUGAAUGAAAGCCAGUUUAAUGCUUUGGAACAAGCUGUGAAUGGCCAAUUCACCCUCAUUCAAGGCCCCCCAGGUACAGGAAAAACAGUUGUGGGUGCUUACAUUGUGUACUGGUUCUCCCACCUGAACUCCGAGAAACCUCAGAACCAGAAGGGAAUCAAUGACGAAGAGAAGAAGAAGAAGGAAGUUAUUCUUUAUUGUGGACCCUCAAACAAGUCUGUGGAUGUAAUUGCGGAAUAUCUGAUCAAGUUUGGGGAGAAUCUGAAGCAAUUGCGUGUGUGCAGCAGACAGAUGGAAAUGAAUGAGUUUCCUUAUCCUGGGAGCACCCUCCAGAUAUCCCAAAAAUCACUGCGUCAGGAACGCUCUAAACCUGAGCUCAGGGGCAUAACACUUCAUCACAGGAUUCGGAUGAGUCAUAAUCCUUACGCACAAGCUAUACUGGACUUUGAUGAAAGAAUAAGAAAGCAAAAAGAGAGUGAAAAUGACCAACAUUCACUCACAGAUGCAGAGAUAGAAGAAUAUAAAAAGCUUUUAAAUACUGCACGUCUGUAUGAACUGAAAAGGCAUGAUGUCAUACUGUGUACCUGCACGACUGCCGCAUCCCCUAACCUUACUAAGUCACUCAGUGCACAACAGAUUCUCAUCGAUGAGUCCGCCAUGGCAACAGAACCCCAGACACUUGUCCCAUUGGUCAGCUUCAAACCUGAGAAGGUUGUGCUGUUGGGUGAUCACAAGCAAUUGCGGCCGAUCGUGAAAAAUGAGCAUGUACGGAGACUUGGAAUGACACGCUCCCUGUUUGAACGCUAUAUGGGUAGAGCACUAAUGCUGGACACUCAGUACAGAAUGCAAGAAGACAUUUGUAAAUUCCCGUCAGAGGCGUACUACCAGGAUAAGCUCAAAACUAAAGUGGAUAAACGGACCAGCAUGCUGCACGCUGAGACUGAAACAAUGAGACAAAGCAAACACAUUUUGUUUGGAGAUGUAAGAGGUGUGGAGAUGAGUUUGGUUGUUUCAACUGCACGGGGGAAUGAAAACUCAAAAGCCAACAUUGCAGAGGUUAAAAAAGCUGUUGAAAUCUGUACUCAGCUGAUAUCAGUGGGUGAAGUGAGGCCAGAGGACAUUGCCAUUCUGUCACCAUAUAAUGCACAGGUGGCGCUGAUCAAAGAAAAAUUUAAAGAAAGACACCAACCGGAGAAGAUCACCGUCACUACCAUUACAAAGAGUCAAGGGAGUGAGUGGCGGUAUGUGAUUUUAUCAAUGGUUCGCUCCUGCCCCAGUGAAGAGAUUGAACCUAUGCCUCCAAGAGAAUGGCUCUCCAAGCACAUUGGUUUUGUGGGUGAUGAAAAUCAGAUCAAUGUGGGCAUCACAAGAGCACAGGAUGGGCUAUGCAUUCUGGGUAAUCAGGAGUUACUGAACUGCAGCCCAGCAUGGAGGAAACUACUGAAACAUUAUUCAGGUUGUGGCAGUGUGGUUCGUGCAGACCAGAUAGUUGUACGCAAUGUCCGCUGAAUUAUAUUUUAAUUUAUUUAUAUUUGUCCUAAUUAAUUUUUUUUUAUUUUUACACUUUCAAACAUACAUUCCAAACUCCAUAUCAUUCCACCUCUUAUGAAAUGAUCUUUUAAUGUGUUUUGAAUUAGACAUUUAAGACCUCAGGGAUUAAAAUGUGAAUGUGAGGUUUUUUUUAUAUAUGAAGCCUAUUUUAUGUACAAACUUUACAAUUAAGAAGCUAUUUCGAAGCACUUAAUUUUGUGACUGCACAGAUCUGGAGUUCAAGACAAAUCUGAACCAAGAUUUCUGACCAUAUGAUGAUAUAAUUUUCUAUGUAUUUUAAAGUAUCAUAACUUGAGGAGAAAUUACAGAAAUUUUUAACUAUACUCACAUUGACUGCAAAUAAAAUACAUUUAUUUUGUGAUAUGUACUGUUAAAAACCUGUAUUGUAAUGUUUAACUUACUUAGCAAUUGUCUGCCUUUUACUUAAAAGUUUUUCAAAUCAAUUACACUCAAUGAAAUUUGCUGACAUGUUUUUGUCAACAGAAAAUAACAUUUCUAAACCAUGACAUAUGUCUGCUUUCAUUAUGUGCUGAACCUUGUGUUUUAAUC